AUGAUUAAAGGUUCAAGUACGGCGUUACAACAAUUAAUAGAUGAUGUACAAAAUAAUUUACAGGCAUUAAAGGUAUUGAGCGAGCCCACAGAUCACUGGGAUACGGUAAUAAUAUAUUUGAUGUCUACUAAAUUGGAUGUAUUUACUAAACGAGAAUGGGAUAAGUAUACAUUGAACGUGAAGAAACUUACUUUAAAGGAGAUGAUGGAAUUUCUUACAAAACAACGUAAGUAUUUAGAAAGGAACACGGAACGAAGUACUAUCACAAAUUCAGGCGCGGAAACAUCUACAACACAAAAGGGACUUAAACAAGGACGACAAUCAAAAGGAUCAUCUAGUGCAACAUAUGUAACGGCGGAUACACUAAAAUGCUCAAUGUGUGGGGCAUCCCAUUACUUAUACAACUGUGAACAAUUUACAAAUUUGUCCGUCAAGGAUAGGAUUUCGAAAGUGCAACAAAACAAAUUAUGCUUUAAUUGUUUAAAGGGUAAACAUCGCAACGUAGAUUGCACACUUGGACCCUGCAAGAAAUGCCCUUUGAAGCAUAAUACUCUACUCCACAUCGAGCAAAGUACUCAGCAAGGAAAAGGAACAGCUAACACCUCAGGAGAGGAAACUAGGACGACAACCAGUAGUACUACGAUGAUGAUGAAGGACGGAGAACAAGGAGAACCGAAGGUGAUACUCGGUACAGUUCAAGUUAAUGUUUUUGAUUCAAGGGGACAACCACAGGUCGGUAGAGGAUUAUUAGAUAAUUGUUCUCAGUCUCAUUUCAUUACAAUGAGAUUAUGCAAACGCUUGUGGAUACCAUUAGUUCCCAUUCAUCAUAACAUUGGAGGAUUAGAAACGUGGAAUAAAGUUGUUAAAUAUAAGGCUCAAGUACAGAUUGGAUCUCAACAUAAUGGAUAUAAGGCCUCGAUCACAUGCUUCGUAGUAUCAACCAUUUCGGAAGACAUGCCAAACAUGACUAUGGACAUUUCAGCACUUCAUAUUCCCCCCAAUAUAACAAUGGCGGAUCCAGACUUCAAUAAGUCGAAUAGAGUGGAUCUACUUAUAGGAGGUGAAAUCUUCUGGGAUCAUUUAUGUUAUUCUGUAUCGGUACCUACUCAACGAAUAGUUUCCGACCCGAGGAAAGGAUGCUACAUGAUAACCACGCAACAAUUAUCAGAACAAGUCGCCAAGUUUUGGGAGACGGAAGAAUGUCCGGCGCAACCGUCAAGGCGAUGGUCUCAGGAGGAACAAUUUUGUGAAUCCUACUUUGAAGAAACCACGACCAGGGACAGGAGUGGUCGGUUUGUUGUGAGUUUGCCCCUGCGAAAUAACGUAUUGGAGUUGGGUGAGUCACGUACAACAGCCAUGAAGAGGUUAUGCGCGAUGGAGCGUAAAUUUUCGAGAGAUUCAGACUUAAAAAAACAAUAUCGGAGAUUUAUGAGGGAGUAUGAAGACUUGGGACAUAUGUCUAGAAUCUCUGAAGACAAAAUUAAGGAAUUACACCCAGUAUAUUUCUUACCACAUCAUGCAGUCACGAAAGAGAACAGCACGACGACAAAAGUAAGAGUCGUAUUCGACGGAUCCAGUAAGACUUCCACAGGAUUAUCCAUUAACGAUGUACAGUAUACAGGACCUAACCUCCUAGAAGAGAUAAUUUAUCAUCUGGUACGUUUUCGACAAUGGCGCUACGUACUAUCUGCAGAUAUUACGAAAAUGUAUCGGCAGAUAAGGAUUCAUCCUGAGCAACAGAAACUUCAAUUAAUACUUUGGAGAGAGAAUCCAGAAGAUGAGGUACAAGUCUUUCAAUUGGAAACACUCACAUAUGGAAUGGCGGACGCUCCACACCUAGCUACACGAUGUAUACAAAUCGGCAAGGAUUGUCAACGGCAGGAGUAG